AUGGUUUUGCUGGGCACGGUCUUUGAGAUGACCACCUCAGCGGUGCUUUUUCUAGCGGUGGGCAGGAGAGCUGCUUCGUGCUAUAACCCUGGUUAUAAGCUAGAUGAAGGCUGGCUACCGGGGCAACUGUUAGUUUGCAACCAUGAUGUUGAACACCCAAGUGGCUGUGUGUCAAAAGCAAUGGGGCCAAGUGUAAGGAACGUCAUCUUCUACCUGGUGGCUGUCUACAAACUGACCGGGGAGUUCCGCAGCGCUUUCGCGGCGCCGCCGUCCCCCGACAGCGAGGAUCUGCGGCUGUGCCGGCAUCAGGGGCCGCAGCUGGUGGCGGUGGGCCUGGGCAGCGGGUUUAUGAACGGCCUGGUGGGCCUUGCUGGACCCUUGCGACUGGGCGCAAAAGAGGACGGAGCCCGAGUCACCUGCCAGUUUUGUUUUGUGCUGACGCAGAGCUUCUUCGUGGUGACCAGUUUGAUGCGCCUGCCAUCAAUGGUGCACAACACCGAGACCCAGGAGCUCUGGCUGGAGAAUUGGCCCCUGGCGGCGGUCAUCCCUCUGCCGGCGGUGCUGGCGCUAUGGUGGGGCUGGGUGGAGGGCAAGCGCUUCGACACUGCGGCGCUGCUGCGGAGUGUGCUGGUGCUGCUGCUGCUGUCCUCAUUGAUGGGCUUGGGCCUGCUGGAGGUGGAGCUGAAGAGUUCGGGUAAGGUGUGUUCUCUUGUUUUCGCGGGGAAGCCAAAAGGAAAUGCGGUUGUGGGCGUAUCUCUCAAUUUUUCCAAGGCUCCUCGUUUCUUGUUUUAA